AUGAAUCUCCGCCAAGCACAGCGCUCUCUCGCUGAGCUUGUUUCGAAGUGUGAAGCUGCACAUAUUCAGCUUCCAGAGGACCCAUUGGAAGCGCGUGCUGAGGCGGUGGAAGCUAUCAUCCAUUCGUUAACGGAUGGAAAGGUCAAUUUGGCCGAUGCGCUAGAUGAACUCCAGCAAAAAUAUGGUCUUGAGCUUGCGUGGAAGCAGCACUUGGAGAAUGAAGAAGCCAAGCGUCAGCGUCGCCGCCAAUCUCGCCAGAAGAAAACUGUUGACCGCACUAAGGACCCUCGACGCUCGAGCCUCGCCAUAUCAAUUGUCACCAAGGAAGGCGUGAUGACCCCUUCCAAGCGUCCAAGUACCGGUCAAGAGCAACAGAAUGCCCCCAUGAAAGUGGCCAAAAAGGUGAAGAGCGCACGCGCGUUGAUUAUUAAUCCUCAGACUGUUAGCGAAUCGGAGGAAAAACAACCUCCGCCUGAGAAGAUACCCGCAGCAGGUCAAGGGAAUAUCCUUGCUGAUGACGGAAGUCGUGAUCGUGGUGUUGGCGAAAUGCUUGCUCUGGAAGACUUGGACGAGUUGGAGGAAGAGGGCAGUGCUAUGAGUAGUGACGAAGAAUUCGUCAUGUAA